UGCUUCCUUUCUCUUUUCUUUUUAAGGGUAGAGCGAGAGAUCUUUAGAUCUGAAUCAAUAACAAGGAUUUACUUGUCUAUUUGAUUAUACAUAUACAUAUUUGGACUGGUUCUGGUACUAUAUAUCCGAACACUCAUUGAGUACUAGUAUUUACUCUUCACUCUUUCCUCGAGUAUAUAUCUAUUAUAACAGUCCUAUCCCUCUCUCUACUACUACUACACAACCCACCACAAACCAAAAUCAAAAUGCAUCUCCACACAGACCUCGACGUCGACACCACCCCUUCCACCCUCAUCAACAUCACCACGGCCACCUCCGCAGCCAAACCCACCACAACCGCCACAACCACCCUCACCGAACUCACCUCCACAACCCCGUCUCCACCACCCACAACUAAACCCCUCUACUUCGCCUACGGCUCCAACCUCUCCCCCACGCAAAUGGCUACCCGCUGCACCGCCCUCCCCUCCUCCUCUAUCCCGCUCGCCAUCGCCCGCCUCCCCAAAUGGCGCUGGCUGAUCCACGAGCGCGGAUACGCCAACGUGGUCCCACCCUCCGAGAUGUGCAUCACGAAGCAACAAGCAGACUGCAUCUCGAGCGGCGAGGUUGGUGUUGCGGGUGGCGCUGACGAGGAUGCCGUGUACGGUGUGUUGUAUGAUAUGGGGGAAGAGGAUGAGAAGAUUCUGGAUGGGUUUGAGGGGGUCGAUUAUUCUGCUCCUGACGCGGAAGUUAUCAAUAUGGAGGAUGGGAGGAUGAUGGUGAGGGAGAAGGAGCAGGGACAUGGGUGUUAUAAUAAGUGGGUUGUGGAGGCGGAGGUGGUUAAGUGGCUUGGUGAGAAGGAUGGUGAUAAGGCGGAGAUGGUGCCGGUGUUGGUGUAUGUUGAUGAGAAGAGGGUGAGGAAUGGUCCGCCCAAGGCGGAGUAUGUGCCCAGGAUGAAUCGAGCGAUUCGUGAGUCGGUGGCUCUGGGGUUGCCUGCUAAGUGGGCGGAGGAGGUCAUGAGGCCGGCCAUCCCUUUGAACUAACUAGCUGGACUGGUAUAGAUUAGACAUAGAUGUCUUGCUAGAUCUCUUAUAAUAUAAGGCUUAGCGUAUUAUUACAUUUCAUUGUGUCAUUGCUAUUUCAUAGUCUAUGCAAAAACGUUAAAAAAAAAUGCAGCCACGCCUGACUGACAUCGACUCGUGUAGAAUAAAGUAAAGAUCAAGUGUUUCAACUUUUAUAGCCCUGGGGAAGAGAACACGUCACGUUCGUUUCGGUGCCGUUCC